AGCUAAACUUUCAAAAUGGAGUGAUGAUGUUUGUGGUGUAACCAAUACUGGCCCGGGACCCGCUUCACAAUAUUGGCAUUUUGCAAGCGUUUGAGUGCAGUGUCGGCUCAGAUAUUGGCUGGAGUGAUGUGAGAAAGCUAUGCAACUAUAGAAUGAAUGAGGAAACUGACGAGGAGAGCGUUGGAAGGCUGAUAUCUGGAAAAGUGCAAGAGUAAGCCUAACCCCCGCGGCCCUCUUGGUUCAAUGAUUGUGAGGCAACACAAACUUGUAGUGGUCUUCGGACGAUGGUUUCUCCCUCUAAAAAGAGGCAGAUAAAGGGUAGAGUGACUACUGGACACAAGCUUGAUCGUAAAGGAGAAAAAGCAAGCAGUAAGCUCCCUUACAAGCCUCUCGCAAGCAAGAAAUUCUACCUUGAUAUCAAGAGCCACAAAAGCAGAGCUACCAUAACAGCUGAUAUACUUAAUCUCGGAGGGACUGUUGAAGAAUUCCUCAGCCGAGAGGUCAGCUAUGUGAUCAGCACACGAGGGCAGCAGCCAGCAGGUGGAUCCAGCAGUGAACAGCAACCCUCUCCUAGUGGUGCUCUCACUCCCCAUCAGCCCCUGUCAUCACUGCCAUCUACCUCUCAUGACUCGCCGCUGAAUCUAGAUUCUCCCAGAGAAGACACUGGCAAGAAAAGAGUGCGCACAAGAGCUGAGGUGCUGCUGGAGAGGGCAUGUGUGAGGCGGCAAGGCACCAGUGAUGUUCUUGAAAAUGCACGCCUCUGGAAUGUCCCGGUGUGGCCGCUAACCAAACUUUUGAAGUGGCUGACAGCACUGAAGGAGAGUGGGCGCUACAAGCCAUCCAAAACAAAUGGUGUUGUAGCACCCAAGAGCUCCUUGUCUUCCUCAACGAAGGUCACGCGUCUCCGAGCUCCCUUCAUCAAAACGGAGGCCUUUACUAGACAGUACAAGCCUCUAUAUAAGGAAUUAUCCACCUGGCCAGAACUAAAUUUGUUCAACCCUCCUGGAGUAUCACCAUUUGCAGACCCGAAGCAGGCCAAGGCCCGGCAACAACCUAAGUCAUCCACUUCAGCACUGAGAAAUGACCAGAAAGACAGGCGAAUGAGGGAGCGUGCUCGUGGUGCCAAGGCCAGGGAGAGUGGCUAUUGUGAGCUCUGUAGCACCACCUACACCAACCUAACCCUUCACCUGAAGUCUGAUUCCCACAUCACCUUUGUCCGCAACGACAAGAAUUACUUGUACCUUGAUGAACUUAUCAGCGGGCAAAAACAAAACUGUCAGAUAUUUGCUGGAUCCCAAUGAGGUAUAGUGGGUUGAUGCCCCCAGAGAGACCUGUGGCCAGCCUGAGCAGCAAUCACCCCAAGCGACUGCGUAAGCAAAUUGUCUUCAAGAUUGGUGAAACCAUACAUUCUGGUCCAACCCUUGUGGCUCCAGCAGUGCUCAAGGAUGAGGACCUGAUUACUACAAGCAAGUGCGUCUUCCCCAGUAACCUACAGGAGAGCUCCCGGAUCCCCCUGGACAGUGAUCACCUAGCCCAGAUUCCCUCCACUAUACCCAGUUCUCCACAGCCCUCAGAGACACCGUGUUUCACUGGCCACACAUCACUUCAGUCCUGCACCCCCUGUACUCAAUAUUAUUUGGGCACCAAAGGCUCUCUUCCAGCAGCUUAUGUACCUGAUGUUUUAGUGCCCAAAAUUAUUGUGUCCAAGGUCUCAAAGACUGUUAAUUCUGCAGCAGUGAAAAGUGUUGGUGAAAAUUGCACAGCUGAGGCAUUUAAUAGUAAACGUGUGAAAAAGGCCAUAGUACGCAAGGACAGUGUUGAUGAAACUCGCACUCUGCCAGUGACAUUUUGUAAAUCAGCAGUUCCCCAAUGCAAGUCAGUUGAAUACCUAAAGAGCAGACCCACUCUAAGAAGUGGUCGUGCAUUGGAACGGUUUGAAAAUAUUCAUCCAGUGAUAAAAAAAGAACCAGAUGAAGUACAGGAUCCCUUAAUAUACCUGAACACAAUAAAAGAUGAAAGUUUCACAAGCAUAGAAUCUGGUAUGAUAGAAUUACCUGAAAGAAAAUCAGAAGUCUAUGAAGCAAUACACCCAGAGUUCAAGAAGGGACGGCUACUGAUCAAGGUGGUGCAGAGAACAACUCCUACUGAAGCUGUGGUAGAUUCUUUGGAUCUAUCCACCAAUCUUUCUAGAGCAAGUGUCAUUGAAGAAAACAAAGAAAUGGUCAGACUCAUUCAAGAAGCAGAUUCUAAGCUUGACUCUUUUUGUCCUAAAAGGAGCAGUCGUGCAUCUAAGAGAAUAGGCAGUGCUGAGUUUGGCGUCAUUGAAAUAAAACCAGAACCAGUGACGAGAGUGCGGCGGUGUACAAGGACUCGUAAGUGUAGCUGCCGAUCAGAUAAGUCAGAGUCUGAAACCUCGGACUCGCGUAGUGUGGCAGAUGAGGCGCUAUAUUUCGAUAUGGUGGACAAGACUGCGAAACUAGGAAAGCCAAAGAAUGGUGAGCCCCUGUUAGAUGAGGCUACCACUCAUGUAAGUGCCAAGUAUAAUGGUGAUGUAACCAGUGAAAUAGCCAAUGGGGCUCACAAAGUCAAGGGACGCAGAGUUAGCCGCGCCAACAGUGACGAGUCUGAUAGUAACUCUGGCUCAAAGAGUAAUGGCAAUAUAGACCACAAUGGUGAUAAAGUAGAUUUUAGUGUUCUUCUUGAGAUCUCACCUGCAGAUAGGAAAAAGUUUGAAAGUAAGAAGGCAAAAAUUAGACGAAAAACUGCUGAUUGGCUGCUGAUAUCUGAAACUGAGCAGUAUUAUAAUGAAAAGGAAGAAAUAAUGAGAAAUAAGAAUAAACUGGACUCUGAAAGUGAAAGUGAUGAAAGUGAUACCUGUACUGAAAACCAGGACUCUAGAAGUGACUGUUCUGAUGAAUCUGAGAGCACAGCUGGUUCAUCGAGAAGAAACAAAGGCAAGGGAAAGCCUGCACGGACUGUUGAGGAUGACUCCAGACCCAGUGCUAAGAGACCAAAGGAGGACUUGUGCUCCCAAAAAAAGAGAGGCCGGCCUGUGGUUAGCCGGACAAGGAAAACAUUAUAUGACCUUACAAUGUUGAAUGAUGAUGAUGACGACGAUGAUGAAAACUUCUUUGGCUUUCCAGUGAGCACCACAAUUCCUCAGAGUACACGAACCAGCUGCACUUUGAGUGGCUCAGCUUCUCAGACACGUAGCAAAGUGAAAGAGAGCUGCAAGCACUCUUUCGACCUCUCCUCUGGUAGUGGCAAAGUAGGACGGAAGCGACUGUCGGAUGCUGAGAGGUUCUUAAGAGACAACAGAGAAUACUACCACUUUCAGGAGACAACUGAGAGGUUGCGGCGUUCAACCUCAUCCUCAGCAGAAAAAGAAAAGACUGGAAGAUUGGAUGGCUGUGAAGUGAAAGAAAUAGAGAAGAAAGAGGAGUCAAGAUUACGGGAGCCGCCGCCACCUCCAGUAUCAAAAAAACGGCCUGUGGUUGAUGGAAGGAGAGUGACUCGUAGUGCUGGUAUUAUUUUGGAGGAGCCUGAUUUACAGGGUAAACCAAAAGUGAAAAGUGUUGAAAAGAAUGACACAAAGUGCACGGGAAAGAAUGUGGAGAAAACAGAUGUCAAAGAGAAAGACAAGAGAAAACUUCCUGAUGAUCCUAAAAAGAAAGCUCCUGAAGAAGACAAAAGGAAAGGUUGUGAGGGAAAUAAAAGAAAGUGUGUAGUUGAGAGUAGAAGGAUUAGCAGUGAUGUUGAUAAAAAAGAGUCUGAAGACAAGAAAGACAGUGAUGUUGAUAAGAAAGUGUCUGAAGACAAGAAAGACAGUGAUGUAAGAAAAACUGCAUCAGAAUCAGAAAACAGGACUUCAGAAAGCAUUGCUGAUUGCCAUGAGUCUGAAGGAAGAACUAAACAGGUGGAGGUUUCCUCUUGUAAUGCUGCAGUUGUUAGUAAUAGUGAGUGCACAGAAAGUAGAGGAAAAAGACUUCUUAGAGCUGAAACUAGAGAAACCUCAAGAAGUGAUUUACAAGAUUUGUACUUUUCUUUUGAGGGAGUGCCUGAUCAGGAGAGCUGGUACCAGACAUACCAGAGACUAGUAGAUGGAGUUUGUAAUAAUGAGUUUUGUUAUGAAGAGGAACCUCUGAAGUUUGUAUUACCUUAUGAAAUGCCAAAGGAAUAUGUCAGAGACUUUCUUUGUUAUAAGAAAGGUAUGUUAGCAAAGAAAAAAAAUGAUCUCGCAGACCUUGUUCGAAAGUCUCCCAGGUGCCAUGCAUCUACUCUUGCUCUUUUUUCUGAUAUCAUACCAACCAAAAGAGUUAAAAAUGCUAAAGUAUUAAGAUCUGCUCCAAUCAGAGUGGAAGAAGCCUCAUCUGAUGGAACCAGCACCCCUGGGGCAGAGUCCACUAAGCUACCUCCUCCUGAAUGUUUCGAGUCCACUGAGGAGUUGGCGAUCUUAGCACUACACAUUGACCACAUUAUGAAAUCUGAAGGAUGUUAUGAGGAAGUGCCUGUUUGCAAUCCACACAUUGAAGACCUGAAGGAAUCUGAAGGACUUGAUUACAAAAAGACGCCUCCAAAGAAAAGGGGUAAAAAGAAAAGGCUGAUGACAGGAUCUAAAUCUGAGAAAAGCUUUGAAAAUGCAGCUAAAGAGCUUAAGUUGUUUGAUAGUUCACUUGCACAAGAGGUAGAUCCAGUUUUCAUAGCUGGUCUUUGUGAUGACAUGAAGGACUUCCUGAUUCCAGAAAAUAUUCUUGCUCGUGAAGCAUCUGAGGUGGUGGAAGAUUCAUGUUUUUGUGUGUGUACUGACAGAGCUUCAUGUGAUGAAUUUUCUAGUGCAGAUGAUAAUACUGAAGCCAGUUCAGAAUGUGUGUCUCUUUGUGAUUCUGAAACAAUUGACUGUUCUGUCGUUAGUGAACCUAAACGUGGGCGUAGUGCUAAGAAACGUCGGAAAAACUUAACUGGCUGGCCAAAGACCCAAAAGCGGAAGAAGCCAGCACCAUCUCAUACAUCAGAUGAUAAUGAUAGUGCUUUGGGAUGGGAUGAUCUUGAACCAAAGAAACAUGGGUGUUGGAAGAAGCAACAAGACUUUAGCCUCCUAGAGCAGACCACAUCUGAGAGACUUGCUGCUCUGGCUGCAUGUGAUCGGAGAGCUUCUCCUAGAAAAAAGGCUUCUGUCUUAUAUAUGGACACGUGGCCAGUUAGAUUUCGAACACAAAAAUAGAUUUUAUAGAAGUAUACUUAUGACUGAGUGAUUCAAAUUGGAUUGUGUGAUGCAUGAAGUGUUUAUACAUAUUUAUUAUCAACAUGUAUGACGUGCGUGGUGAUUUGUUUUUCAAAAGAUGGAACCAAGGAGUCUCAGGAUAGCUCUGUAAGAGAGUGAUUGAAGUGUUUGUACAGGUAGGAUUGCCUAAGUUAAUUUGAAUUUGAGUGACUGUUGAGGAAUGACAUGUUUAUUUUUAAGGUAAGCAUUUUGUAUGAUUUUUCAUUAAUGCAAAAAUGAUAUAUCUAGUUAUGUGAAUAGUUUAUUCUAUUUAUUUUUUAGACAGUUAAGUAAAGGCCUAAAAGUUUUCUUACAUUUGUAGUGUAAAUGCCACUUUUGAAUUCUCAGCAUUUUUCUUGUAUUUUCUUUACUUGGGUACAAAAUCAUAAUUCUUAGUGGCUUUGUAUACGGUGUUCCAUUGAUGUUCACCAGACCAAUAUAUAUAUAUAUAUACGUAUAUAUAUCGAUAUAUAUAUGUAUACAUACACAUGAUUUGAAACAUUUACCAUUAUGUAGGACUAACAUUGGCAUACCAUAAUUUGACAAAUUUUGGCAUCUUGAGAACAGUCUGAUCUCCAUUUUUGCAUUAAUUUGUAUCCCUUAAUCAUAAAAAUUAGUGAUGCAAAGAUGGUGAGUAUAAUUUACUUCUUGAGAAGCUAGUGGGCACCAACCAUCACCUACUUGUUCCCUAAGGAUGUCACUGUCACUGUUAGCACAAGGGAGGCAAGGCUCUGUGUCAAUAGUCAGGAUGUGAAAUCAAUUUUGCUUUGUUAUAAUGUUUUUUGUCAGCUCCAGAAUGAGGAUGGACACACACACACACACACACACACACACACACACACACACACACACACACACACACACACACACACACACACACACACACACACACACACACACACACACACACACACACACACACAUUGCUUGCUAAGUCAGUGGUAACACCCUUGACUGUCACUAUUCAAGCUGAAGUUUACAGUUCACUCAUGUCACCAAGAGUUUUCUCUGAUAAGCAAGCAAUUACUGCCUUCCUUGUGCAAGAGAAUGGGAUGUGUUUUUUAUGUUAAACAUUUUUUGCUUUAUCCAUGAAUUGGACUGUAUGAGCUUUGAGCUCUCACUGGGAGGGUAACCUGGUGAGCACAAGUCUAGCAUGUGAUUCUUAAGACAGUAGUAAAUGAUACAUAUUCAGAUGCACACUCACAUAUAAAUCAUAAUUUUGUUUUGGACCCAAUUAAGAUUACUUCACGUAGGUUCCCUAAACCAGAUAGCCAUGAACAUUGAACUUAUCAUGUGCCUUGCUUAUUAACUAUGUAUAAUCAUUCCAAAUCCUUGUGAAUUCAAAGCCAAAGCGCUCAGACUGAUGCGACCACGCUCAUUUGAUUAAGCGAAAACAACCUAUCUCUGUCUAUAUCUGACAUUUGUUUCUAAAAAAACUUUUCUAAGGGGGAUGGCCAUAAUAGUCCCACAAGACAGCACUGCCUCACAAGCGGUCAACUGAGAAACACAUUGGGAUGAUUUUGACCACAGAAAGCCCAAAUAAUAAUUUAUGCUAUAAUUAUAUUAGUAGCAACCAAUGCUCAAUGGUUGGUUAGGCUUGGACACCUUUGUGCCUCUGAACUAAAGCUAGAUGUUUUCACACCAACUAUUACAUCUCACCACAGCCACUCACAUCCAGCCCCAGCCUGAGUAGGAUGCCAAGGAUUUCUCCAUUGUCCACAAAAAGCAUCAGAUACCCAACAGUCUAGAGAUUUAUGUCAAUACUUAUAAAAUUUGGAAACUUCAUGGAGGCUUGACAUUCUUAAGAGUCCCCAGACAAAAUUAUCUCACCACCCAGAUGGCUUUCAGUGCUUCUCAUAACUAGACAGUUGAGCUAAACUUCAUGCCAGUUGUCAUUCAGCACUCAACCACAGAAAUCCAACUACCUCUUAAGAAGUUGAUGCUGCAGCUAUGAGUUUCCAUCAUUUGGAGAACAGAAAAAUGGACAAGGGUAUGUGGGUCCCUUGCCCAGCACUAUGCUUGGAUAAAAAAAAAACAGAAUAGAGGGAGUAUGAAAGAACACACAUAACUGAAUCUAUCACUGUUUCUUUAGGAUUCAUUAUUUAAAUGUCAUUGUUAAGUAGUAAAACAAUAAAAGAAGAUUUGAGUACUUGAGAAAAAACUGCUUUCAGUGCUUAACUGACUAUUGAUGAUGGCAUCCAACAACUGAUUGCCUAAUUUUUUUAUGUUAAAAAGGACUGUACAUAUAUCUAUUUAAGUGUUGAGAACACUAUUACUGAUCUUGCUCAGUUAAUGGUGGGCAUGAUGGGCAGCAAAUACUGGUCACUGAGGUAGAUAGCUCAACUGUGCUUGGGAAAGAAGUUGACCUUACUAAGACACCAGGUUCCACCCCGACUCCAUCAACAGCACCUCGGUGAUGUAUUCAUCAUCUACCUUGUAGUUGGAGUAAAGGAGGUACCUCACAAGGUAAGCCAGUUGCAGGAGUAUCUUCCUGAAGUUGCUACCUGGUGCCUUUUGCUUAUUGAUCACACACAACAGACACAUGAUUGAGGCAUGAUGUCUGGAUGCAUUUUUUCCAGCAUUGGCCAUGUUGCUUGCUGGCUCUUGCUUUUCCCAGUCCAUCUAUCUCUAAACAUACAGAGUUUUUACAAGGUACUACCAGAACUUAAAAAUCUGGAAGUUGAAUGAAAAUAAUAAGAUGAGAUUUUGUUGCUAUUUUAAAGACUUAAACAAAUCUUCAGCCUUCUUGCUUGUCAGUGUGAAAAUUUCCUGCUAAACAUGCCAGACUAACAAUAUACCUGUAGCUAUGCUGAUGAUGACUCUCUCCCUAUAACUUAAGAAUGUGACAUUUUGCUUCUGUGUAUCACCCCUUAUAGAUCUGAUAAGGCAUAAAACUAUGGCCAUCCUCCUCACAACAAUAGUUCUCGUGAUCAUUUCUAGUUACUCUCUGUGACUUUAGUUCACAUCCCAAUUGUCCUCCAAAAGUAGAAGCUUCUGUUGCAAUCUUUCUCCAAAAAAACCUGCAUAGUGCUAAGGACUGGCAGGUAAUUCAUAGAUAGAUACAGCUCCCAAAUUACUCAUUAGUAAGAUAAAGCUAUAAAAUUCUAUAGCACUGCUGCAGACUUACCAGUUAUCUGUGUGAAACUAAAGACUGGUGAUGAAAAUGUCAAAAUGUAUUAGAUGUGGUGAUUUGGCACACUGUAUCCAUGUAAAGAAUUUUUGCAAAGAAAACAAACAAAAAUGAAGAUCAGACUAUCAACACAAGAUAUUUUAGAGACUCCUAGCUCUUUGUGACAAACAGUGUAAUUAGCAUCAUCUAUCAUCAGUUGUUAUUGAUGUCAUUAUCAUUAUUAAUUUUUUAAAUUAAAAUUUUAUUCAACAGAAACUUACUCCUGAAUUCAGUAAAGUGUUUUACUCAUGUAAACAAAAAAAGUGUCUUUGGUAAUAUUUCCCAUGUUAAUUCCAGAGAAUGUGUGUGUGUGCAUGUGUAUGCAUGUGUGCACACACCUCAAGUGCUACAAAAGGAAAGCUUUGGUAAGUUUCCAGUAUUAAUUCUGGUGUGUGUGUGUGUGUGUGUGUGUGUGUGUGUCAUUGAUUGUUGGGGGUUGGGGGGGUAUUAGGGAAAGAAGAUUAAUAUGUCAAAAGUUGAAAAUAAAGAGAACUAUAAUGUAGAAUAAUAUGGGUCAUGUCACAAAUGAGCAGUAUGGUCAUGAAAUAUAUGGAACACAGUGUAUCAGCAUUAGUAUCUCAAUGAAAUUGUUACUCAGAUGUCUAGUUUAUAAUGCUUUGUUUAAUGUUUCACAUGAAUCAACAGCAGCUUUUUCUUAAUUUCCUUUAUACAUACAUAUAUACAUAUAUAUACAUAUAUAUAUAUAUACUUAUUUUGUAGAGCGAUCCUGUAAUGUAUAAACAUAUGUAUACAUUUUGUAAAUAACAUUCUUCUACUGAAAAUAAUUGCCAAUGAUUCAUAAAUGUGAAAUAUACAGAUAUUUGUA